AACACCAUUCUGGAGUACAAAUCUCUGAAGAGCUUCACAAAGACUUCCACACCUCCAGCAAAUGAGGUGCAGCUGCCUUUUUACUGGCAGGGCACGGGUCACGUGAUCUACAAUGGAUUCCUCUAUUGCCACAAGGCAGAUACACCCAAUGAAAUACUGAAGGUGGAUCUGCUCAAUGGCACUGUGGUAGAUAGAACCCUUCUUCCCGGAGCCGGCCGUCUUCCUGUCUACAGCCUCAAUCCCAACACUUAUCUGGACAUGGCUGUAGAUGAACUUGGCCUUUGGGUUAUUCAUGCGGAUCUUGAGUACGGAGGAAACCUGGUCAUCACCAAGCUAGACAAAGUAAGUUUAGCAGUGGAGUACACCUGGGACACACAGUGCAGAAGCAGUGAUGCUGAGGGGGCUUUCCUGAUAUGUGGGACGCUUUACGUGGUCUACAACACACGAUAUGGAGGUCGCUCCACCAUCCAGUGUCUGUAUGACAUCCAUGACACCAUUCACAGCAAUGAGAGUCCAGUGAUGUUCUUCCCAAAGCGCUACACCAGCCACAGCAGCAUCCACUAUCACCCAGGGGACAAACAGCUGUAUGCCUGGGAUGAUGGCUACCAGACAAUAUACAAAGUGGAAACGCGCAGCAAUGCCCAAGUUACAUCCCAGUGAAACAUGUUUUCUUUUCACCCUGUACUCAGCAUCAAAACCUGCAUUAGCACAUCUAACAUGCCCCCCCAGAAAAAAUAAUUACAAUAAAAGCAUCAAGGAA